GAAAAAAUGGACCAUUAAUUUUGCAUAUUAUAUCUGGCAUGUUAGUUUCAAUUACCAAAAUACAUUUGUUACGCUUGGCAAUAAACAAUUUUUGUACCGUACACCUUGAUCAUAAAUUACAUAAACAUCAACACAAUUGUUUUAAUUUCUCUCAUCAGAAUAAUUUUUUUCGUUAACUUGGUGCAAAUUUUAAUUACAGCAACUGAUUUGAUAAAAAAUCAUGUUAUUCUGCAUUAGUUUACUAUCAAGAUGGCAAAUGUGACUUUAAAAGCAAACUUCGAUAACAACAGGUCGCAAGCGUCGACAAAAGAACCAGCAGACGAUAACUUUGCUGGAGGGUCUUAAAUUGAAAACCAGCUAAAUAGCCAACAAGCCGUCGAUAAUUACAAUUCUAAAAGUGGUUUUUUGUUACCAGCGGCUGAAGACGAAUGUGAGAAAGUUCAAAAUGAAGCUUAUAAGCAAUGGAUAUCGCCCGGCCACGUUAAAACAAAUGACCUCGACAACAUAGCAUGCAAAAUGUAUAGCCAAUCAAAUGGUAGAGGUCACCAAAGGGUGGUCAAAUCCGAGUCACCCUUGACCUCUGGUCAGUACAGAGUGUCCACACAGUCUGUUCUGAAGGGCAAGCCUCAGAUGGGAGCAUACAGGAAUAUGGGCACUCCUCUCAGCUUCAUUUACUACAAAGAUAAAGCAGAGCAGUACUAUUCGACCACAGAUGGAUUCAAAAUAUUGCAACGACCCAAAUCAGCCGGAGCCAAUUUGACAUCGCGAGGUUAUUUGAGAAACUACUACGUCCAUGAAAACAACAAUCAUAACAAGAACAUAGCAGUAGUCGGGUCCGAGAUCUCGGGUGCCUGUCAAGAACAUGUCCACCGACUACUCUGCAGUGAGAGUCGUCUCUUCACCUCAAGGCCCCCUUCCCCCGUCGCCUCUCUCGUGUACUCAAUGAUCAAAGAACAACAAACUGACGACCCAAACUCACCCUCGGAUGACAAUCACAUACUAGAAGGGAGGGGAAAUGUUGACCACAUUGUGAUCAACUGUGAGGCUGGAAAUGAUGACGAUUGUGGUGAUCAGGAGCUGAAUGGAGUAACCAAAGGAGACGAAGGAGAAUCAAGGCCUAAAAGACACCUUGAGAUGUUCAUACCACAGGUUGAGACGGAACAAGAUGCUGAAGAAUCUGCAGAGAAAAAAUCAACUCAGCCCCGCAACUUGGGGGGAAAUGACAAAAAUUUUGUCGCAGAUACUUACGACAGUGAAGAACUGGACUACCAGAACAUCGACUGGGAAAACGCUGAGCCGGUCAUAGAUCCAGAAUGCAUUCACCUGGAAGCGCUUUUAAGUCCUUUAAACAUGUCGCCUUCGCUAAGAGAAGUCACUAACGCCUACGCUCAAAACCUAUUCACACGACAAACCGCGCCAAGCAUACCAACUGAGAAAUACUUUCCUUAUAAGGCAUACAGUAAACCAGGUUAUGGAAUUAGGGCAUACGAGAAUGUAAAGCCAGGGUACUCAUCGGUUAUUGACCAAUCAAAACACGCGAAGCCGCCGAGACCAGACUCGAAACAAAUUGCAGCCGGGAUGAAAAGCACAAAUAACAAUGAAUCAGAUCGAAAAUGUUCCAAUGGAAAAGAUUCAAGCAAAAAACCCGGAGACUUAAGGUCAGUGUCUGCCCUGUCAAUAGCCAGUUUGACCUUUUUCGAUGACCUUAACCCUGAAAGCGACACACAUCAUGACCUUCAAAAUAGCAACAGAUCCUCCUAUUCAAACUUGGGCCACGUCUCCAGAGCGAAAAGCGCAAAUGUACCAUCAAGUAAUUCCAAGAAAAACGGAGUUAUCAGAAAACAAGCGAAACUGCGUGGAAUAACCGGUGUUGAAAUCAAAACUCGAACACAUGAACCGGAAACGAAAUCUUACACUUACCAUAAAGAGUUCACGCCCGCUGAAAGUACGCCUAAAAAACUAACAACAAUAACAUUUGGGUCAAAGGAUACAACACUGGAAAACGGCUAUAUUUUACAUAGCGCAUCAAACAGAGGUCAAGAAGCUAACUCUGAAGGUCAAACUAACGGAAAGCCAAGACCUAGAACAGCUCAUCCGAGCAUUUCAAGUACAAUGCACACUGAAAAUGUCGAUCAGUUAACUCGGAAAGUUGAAAGUUGGUACUCACAUAAGUUCGCAAAUAGUUCUGUUAAGGACUAUAGUCAGAAAGCAAAGUUUCCAAAUCGAACUGCACAAAAUGGAAAUUUACGGGCUCGGGUAAAAAGCGCACCCUUGACGCCGACAAACAGAACUGUGGUGAAAGUGCAAUACGAGCCAGAUACCGAGCUAGGAUCGCUGGUCCUUAUUUCUAAGAAAAACGAGCCCGAAAAGACAUCUUCAAACUCCAAAUCGAAUAACAGUCGACCCAAUUCAUCCAAAUCUAAUCGAUCAAAUGUAGCCCAGAUGAUCACCCCUAGACCCGUAUUCAAACCUCUUUCCUCUGCCACUGAUCGAUCGAGAACACACCUCGUGCAAGCUGCCAAUCAUCAAAUUUUGGUGGCGCCAAAAGCUGCCGUAGAUCAGUCCACAAUGACACGUUGACCGGAUAGAAGAUCAAGACAAGGACACGGAAUUUUGCCCAUUUAAAUUUUUUAUCGCUGCCUUGUGCUUUAUAUUUUUAUUUUAAAUCAAUA